UGUCGUCUCUGCUUUGUCAAUCAAUUGCAGUCCUUCCCAUAGUCCCACUCCCGCUUUCACUUAGCUCUGGGGAAGAGUUGCAAGACAACCUUAUUAAGGUUUGCCAACUGACUCCCGCGCUCUGGCUUCACUCUCACUUUGGUCCUUCGGGGAGCACGACCUAAGCUUGUUGAGUUGAAUUUGGAUACGAAUUUGUCAAGGUUUUAGGGAUGGCCGGUAGGGAAGUUCGAGAAUACACCAAUCUCACUGACCCAAAAGAUAGGAAAUUGGGGAAAGGAAAGGAUAAAAUUGAUGAUGAAGACAUCACUUUUCAUCGGAUGGUGGCAAAGAUGCAGGAGGUUGCUGGAGAACGGGGAGGUUACCUUCAUGGGCGAGGGGCUUUGGACAGUGAUGACUUGCUCUAUCUUAAGGAACAGAUGGAAGCUGAGGAGGAUGCUGAGCGUCUUCUUCGCCGCACUGAGAAGCGGGCAUUCGCGGCAUUUAAAAAAGCUGCAAGUUUAGUGGAUUCUUCUCCUGCAUCGGUGCCUUUAACACUUCGUGUGGAGCCCAAGCCGAAGAGUGGGAUCAGGCAACAAGAUCUCCUGAAAAACAUUGUGGAGAUCAAACCGAAGCGACAUAGAGUAUCGAGUGAGUCAAGCCCGAACAGUGGAACUCAAUUUGCCCCUGUUUCUACGGCCUCCACUUCAGUGAGUGGGACAAAGGAAUCAAUUCCAAAUAAAGAGCUUUCUCCAUCAAGGUUAAGCACUGGAGAAGUGGAUAGCAAACCAGAGAAACCUGUUAAAAGCUUACUGGGCCUAGCUUAUGAUACUUCCGAUGAUGAGGAAGAUUGAGUGGAGAAUGUUUGGGGUAUAUAUUGUUGCAACAUUUGGGUAUAUAGAUGGGUGCAACAUUUUCUCUUUCAACUGCUUCUUAGAGAGUACCAGCUUAUCUGAGUAAUUUUCUUAGCACAGAGCACUUUU